AUGGUCAGUGGCGAUGUCGAUGUCGAACCCAGAUCAACCGACCACGGUAUUCAUGUACCAUCUCUAGCCUCCUCAGAGUCAACUUCUGCCACCGCCGCUACCGCUGGGCGACGCAAUGCCACCGCGUCUCCUGCCCACGAUUUCUUUAUCGACCUGCCUCAACUCCCUAUGGCGACCGAAAUUGCACUGGCGGCUCUUGCAGCCCUUCCUACACCAAUACUAGUCCUCUCCUCCUUGAAAACUGUGCUUCUCGCCAAUUCUGCCGUGGGAAGAUUGUUGGGGGCGGAUCAUGAUGAUCCCGACCUCAGGGUGGCCGACUUCCUCAAAGGCCAGACGCUGUCGCAGCUAGGGAUUGAUAUGGUCUCAGAUGGCGGCGUCCCGGUAUGGGUCAGUUGGGAAAGAUUCCUCGACAACCUCGCUGGGGACUUGCACUCCGCUGCUACGGACAGAAUCCCUCCAGCGAAUUCACUGCGCGGUGUACAGAGUGGAGAGACAACUCCCAUUGCCGUUGCCGCGGCCGCUGCAAGAGGUAGGUUGGCACUGCAAGAUCGUACUGAAAAGACUCGAGACACUGUGGUCGAUGUGAUUAUCUCCAGGCAUCAUGACCAAGCGCCACAUGGCAGCCGUCGGCAGAAAUAUAACAAAACCCAUCGUGCGGCCCGCACUACCUGUCGAAUGAUUAUCACUAUCUGGGAAUUAGAAGGACAGCAAUUCUUCACUUUGACAUUCACAAGCUCGGCAGGGCAUACACCAACGAAGACAUCGUCCCACUCAUCAGCCACUACUCGUCAUCCCUCGUCCCACUCCACCAGGUCCUCCCGUUCAUCACACUCCCAGACACCUGUUUCCUCCAUCGGUACUUCUCAGAUCACAUCGCCUGCAGAGCCGCAGCAUGUGGUUUCUUUUCCUCCUACCGCCCCGCCAACCCAGUGUUCUGCUCCGUCCGCCCCAACAGACUUCCAGAAGGUUCUAAAGAUGAAAAACGCCAUGUUGAGCGCCAUAGAAAUCCCCCUGAUCGCCAUGUGGAGAGAUGAGAGCGUGGUCUUCCCAAACCUCGCUGCUCGCAAGCUACUGGCAGUCGAGACUGACCCCACAUCGGAUGAGUCGUACGAUUUCAUGUCGCGGUUUCGCCCCUGGACUGCAGAUUUCUCCCGAGAGCUCGAGGAGGAUACCAAUCCCGUCGUCGUUCUGUGUCGCACUCAGCAGCCCUUUACCAACUGGCAGAUCGGCCUACUCAACGAGAAGACAGGGAAGAAGUCCAACUUCGAUGUGAGCGGGCACCCUGUCUACGACGAAAAGUCUGGAGAGUUUCUGGCAGGCCUAGUAGCUUUCAAGGAUGUUACACAGUAUACCGAAAAGAUUGCACACCAAACAGCAGAGAAUGAAGCACAAUUUCGCCUCAUCUGUGAUAUGAUGCCACAAAUGAUCUGGACCACUAGAUCUGAUGGCUACCACGAUUACUACUCUCAAAGAUGGUAUGAUUACACUGGCCUGACUCCAGCGAAUUCUCUGGGUCAGGGUUGGAAACUGCCUUUCCACCCGGAGGAUAUGCCCGAAACCAUGCACAAAUGGCGUCAUUCUCUUGAGACCGGAGAUGAGUACAUCACCGAGUAUCGCUGCAGAAGAUUUGACGGCAAAUGGAGAUGGAUGCUCGGGAGAGCCUUGCCAAUGCGUGACCACAAGACAGGUAAGAUCGUCAAAUGGUUCGGCACCUGUACAGAUAUCCAGGAAGUCGUCGAUGCCAAGAGUUCCGGACAGAGGACUCGACGACAGCUGUUGGAUGUGUUGAAGCACUCGCAAAUGACCAUGUGGAUUCUCGACCGGCAAUUGAAUGUCAGCUUCCACGAAGGCUCCUUCGUUAUGGGCGACGCGACCACCGACAGGAUCAUUGGAGCUCCUGUCCUCGAUGUUUUGCACAAUCAUCUUACUCCACAAGCCAUUGACAAAUUCGGGAAGGCUCUGUACCGCAUCCUAUCAGGGGCCUCCGAUCUGGAAAUUUGCGAGAAUGAAGUGAAUUCUAGAUGGUUUCGGUCCAAGAUGGUACCGCUGAAGGGCCAAACAGGACCAAACAGGGUCGAAGAUGAAAACUAUAUCGCUGGAAUCAUUAUCAUUGGAUCUGACGUUACUUCGCUGCGGCACAAAGAGCAAGAAAACAUCAUUUUGCUUGCGAAGGAGACGGCGGCUAAAGAAGCGAGCAAGAUGAAAAGUAGCUUUCUCGCCAAUAUGUCUCACGAGAUCCGGACACCAAUCGCAGGAGUGCUGGGAAUGUCAGAGCUGCUCAUGGAUACUUGCCUGGAUCUGGAACAAAGUGAAUUCGCCCAAAACAUUCAGAGAUCGGCCAAUUCGCUUCUUACCGUCAUUAACGACAUUCUUGACUUCUCUAAAAUUGAGUCUGGCCGGCUUGAUAUCGAAGAAGUGCAGUUCAGUCUAGACCACGUGCUCCGCGAAGUUGCCAAAAUGCUUUCAUUUGCAGCCCAACGCAAGGGACUCGAGUUCAUGAGCGCCAUCGAUCUCAGACCAUCUGAGGAACUCAUUGUGUUGGGUGAUCCUGGCCGAAUACGGCAAAUCCUGGUCAACCUGCUUACCAACAGUAUCAAAUUCACCUCCAAGGGCUUCGUCAGGCUCAGCACCCUCGUCGUGGGGGAGACCAAUGCCACGGUCACGAUUGAAUUCUGUGUCGAAGACAGCGGCAUUGGAAUAGAGGAAGAAGUCAAGAAGAGGUUGUUUAGACCAUUCAGUCAAGCUGACUCGAGCACCGCCCGGCGUUUUGGAGGGACGGGUCUCGGCUUAACUAUAUCCAAAAACUUGGUAGAUCUGAUGCAUGGGACGAUUCGUUUGGAUUCCAAGCUCGAUGCAGGAACCAAAGCUAUCUUCAAUAUCCCAUUCAAGAAACUUGAAUAUCAAAAAGGUUCCCCCAUUACUGAGCUCGAAGUCGGCUCGACGCCUGAUCGGCUACAACCCGACUUGUCUCGCUUCAAGGAGUCACCACAAGAACAGGCCCGAAAACAGCCGAUGAUUAUGACCCCAACUAGGUCAUUGGGAGACACAAGCGCGGGCGGCGAGCAUGCUCAGGCGAUGCUGUCAAGUCCGGGGGUUGCAACCCUCGUUCCCGAGCUUGAGAGAGAUCAGAUACACAUACUCGUGGUCGAAGAUAAUCCCGUCAACCAGCAGAUUGCCCUCAGAUUCAUCAAGGCGCUGAAGUUUUCUGCUAUUGCCGUGUGGAACGGAAGAGAGGCUCUAGAGUAUCUUCUCAAAGCCACUUCGGCCGAACUCACUCCGGAGCAAUCACAGCAAUCUCCGAUUCCUUCACUUAUACUGAUGGAUGUGCAAAUGCCUGUUCUGGAUGGUUACCACGCCACACACAUGCUAAGGUAUCACGCGCCAUUCACGGACAUUGAGAGGAUCGCGAAGAUUCCAAUCGUGGCCAUGACUGCUUCGGCGAUUCAAGGGGACCGAGAAAAGUGUGAGAAGGCGGGAAUGGACGACUAUAUGGCCAAGCCAGUCAAGCGGGCUCUUCUAGAGAAGACCAUACUGAAAUGGACAUCCAUGGCCCGCAAAGGCUUCAGGCACAAGAAUUGGUCAGAAGUUCCCACAGAAUCCCAGCAACCAUCCUUCGGGAGCGCAUGCACCGACCACUCGUCAACUUGCGGCCAUGUCGAUGCUAUCACUUCCGAGUUCUAUGCUCGCAAUGGAAAAUCAAGCAGUUUGCCGGUUUCGGCAGAUGACCGCUCGCGAGCCUCAGCAGACGGGGCUAUUGAUGUUAAGGGAAAAGCCGCUGCGCUACGGUCCAGCAUUUCCAGAGCCAUCCUUGCUGAGGAGAUCCCAGGAGGAGGAACAGAGGGAGAUCGAACAAUGAGGAGAGUCGAGGCUGAAGACAAAGCACAGGCACUCCGGGACGCCAAGCUGUUGUCGGUGACCGAUUUACAUCGUGGCCAGUCUGUCAUUGCUCCUACGAUUAUGGUAGAUGGCACCUUCAUGUCGAAUUCUCACUCGUCCGAUGUGGCCCAACCAGUUGCUGGGAGCACCGGAGCUUCGACGGCGUUGGCAUUAACCGAAGAGAACAUGUACCUCUUCAACAAUACACAAGAUCACGGGAUCAUGGCCGCGGACAUCCCUUCGACAGCAAUGGGGUCUGAGAGGUUAGUCUAUCCCCUCUCAGAUAUUCCAGGGCCACCACCAGAGGGUACUCUUGCCGCAGUCGACCUAGCUGGUGCCAAUGCCAAUGCAGAGGUCCUGGUAUCAUCGUUUGGGACUCCGCCAUCGGAAAAUGUCACAUCCUCCGCAGAUCCAGGCAAGGAUCAGCUUCAGAGCCGACGAGAUGUGGGCGGACUCGGUCCUGACAGUCGACGGAGAAGCGACUGGAGCAUAAGUACAGCGCGACCGGAUCAAGGCCAACGAGGGCUAGAGAGUGAAUGAUGCCAACCGAAGGAGUCUUGAAUGCUCGAUUCUGAGUUAAAGCAACCUGAUCACGUUCUAUCACGACGUUAACGAGUUUAUGGGAGUAUAGGGAGACUUGGUUGGAUUGAAAGGAGCAAACAAUUCCUUAACGAGCCACGACAUGUACGAGGUACG